CCCUCCCAUGUUCUUCGAAUGUCUUGCAUGGAAGUUACCUCUACCGCGCUUAACACAAAGUUGCCUCAAUUUGCAUGUUUGUUCAUUUUUUUCGAGGAAUAGUGUAGCGUAACUAUUUUCGUGUCGGGGAUCAUUCGGCAAAAUAGACACAGUAGCAACAAGUACAAAAAGUCACUGCAUCGAACAGCUGAAAAUGCAAUCCCACCUUGGUGGGUUAACCUCUAGAUAAACCUUACUGGAUACUCAAUUUGUUGGCAGCACCCAAUGUGCUUACCACAUGAUGUGUGACUUCAGGAGGGCUCAGGAUUUGUUAGUCGUGAACACCUCUGGACUCUCCCUCCAUUGUUUCUCCUUCUGUUUGCAAUGCGUACGCCACAGGGUCUGACAUGAAGAAAGUGGUCCAUUGGUCAACGAAGGAUGUGCUCCUGUGGCUGACUGAUGUGGGAAUGCAGGAAUACUCAGAGGCCUUACGUCACCUGAACGGCAAGGGCCUCAUGCAGCUCUCUAAAGCGGACUUCCAGACGGCUCCUCUGGCCCUUGUCACCUUGGACGGAGGCAGACAGCUCCUGGACAAGAUGGAGACUCUCAGGAUAGAGCACCACAUUGAAACGCAUAAAAACAGGCAUGCCAACGGACACGCCAUCUUGGCCGUCAACAGUGAGGUUAAUGGGAACAAGCCCGAGAGGAAUGGUGUGGUCAAUGAGUUCCACAAGGAGCGGAUCCAGAUCCCCAUGCCUGAGAUCACCCGCUCUCCGUUUCCUGAGGAGUGGGGGAAGACGGGCGUGGCUUUUGUCUACGCCACGAUCUGCUUCAUCUUCACCACCAUUAUGAUCUCCGUGGUCCACGAACGUGUGCCUGCCAAGGAGGCCACUCCACCCCUACCAGACAAGUUCUUUGACUUUUUCGGGCGAGUAGACUGGGCUUUUUCUAUAUGCGAAAUCAACGGCAUGAUACUGAUCGUCCUGUGGCUUCUACAGUGGGCACUGUUAAAAUAUAGGUCCAUCGUUGGUCGGCGGUUCUUUUUCAUCAUUGGCACACUCUACCUCUACAGGUGUAUCACCAUGUACAUCACCACACUCCCCGUGCCAGGGAUGCAUUUCAAGUGCUCUCCUAAGCUGUUUGGUGACUGGGCAUCCCAAAUGAGCCGAGUGAUGAAGAUGAUUGCAGGAGGAGGCCUGACCAUCACUGGCUCCCACCACAUGUGUGGGGACUACCUUUACAGUGGCCACACAGUCAUGCUGACACUCAUCUAUCUCUUCAUUAAAGAGUAUUCUCCCAAAAAGUUAUGGUGGUACCACUGGAUCUGCUGGCUGCUCUGUGCUGUGGGACUCUUCUGCAUUCUCCUGGCUCAUGACCACUACUCUAUAGAUGUGGCGGUGGCUUACUUCAUCACCACACGCCUAUUCUGGUGGUACCAUACCAUGGCCAACCAGCAAAAGCUAAAGGAAUCAUCGCAGAGAAACUUUUUCUCAAGGGUGUGGUGGUACCGAUUUUUCCAGUACCUUGAACAGAAUGUCACAGGCAUCGUCCCUCGGAACUACCAGAUGCCGCUGCCAUGGCGACCGGCCCAGUGUAGUCAAGUGAAGUACAGCCGGAUCGACACUGCGUGCCCAUGACAGGAGGAACUGACACCCCCCCCCCCCCCUACACUCCUGAAAGUGCCAUAUCUAAUCACAAGAAGAUGCUAUAUCAGUCAAGCUCUGUAGCUGUUCCAUUUCCCUUUUCUCCUGUAACGUCCACUCCAGUCCAACUGGCUAGCACUGUGACCAACCAUCGUUUCAGCCAAAACAUUUCACAAGGGUUUCCAGUGAGUGGAUCGCAAGCAUUUUCAUUGGCAGGUCCAGAUCUAGUUCAGUUAACAAUAGGACAUGUAACUAUGUUGGUCAACGCCAAUAUCUCUCUCUGUAAUUGUUACAGAUACUCUGUUGCUGAAAUUGAACGAAACAAUCAUGUUUGUCACGGCAUUUGGGCUGACCCAAAUUUUUAGUCUUUCAUGUUUUGGUUCAAAGACGUGCUGUAGCAUUGAGAACUGGCCGGUCAUGAAGCAAGAGGCGCUUUUUGUAGUGCAAACCAUUAUCUAAUUAUAUGAACAACGUGGUCUCAGAGCAUUUCGUAUUAUUCUGUAUGUAAAUCCAAGACACUCCAUUUAGUAUGCUAUUUUACGUUUCAUAUGGUAUGCAUUCUUUUGUGGAUGUUCAUCAUCCAUUUCGUAUUAUGUUAUGAAUUACAAUUUGUAUGAUAUGCUAGAAAUGACAUUUCGUAUGAUAUGUUACAAAUUGCAAUUCGUACAAUAUGUUACGAAUUUGCUAAAUAUAUGAAAUGUUACAAAUUCCAAUUAGUUGUGGAUAACGUUAGCUAGGUGGCAAGGUUGCUAACGCUACAGUUAGCUAGCUGGCUAACGUUAGCUAAGCUAGAGGUUAAGGUUUGGGAUAGGGUUAGGAGUUAGGUUAAAGUGUUAGGAGAAAGGUUAGCUAACAUGCAAAGUAGCUAAAAAGUAGUAAGUACUUGCAAAGUUGCUAAUUAGCUAGAAUGCUAAAGUUGUCCGUGAUGAGACUAAAACACGUAAUGCUAGAUGUUCACGUUAAAAGCCCAUCCAUCCACCCCGACCAACCACCCUCUUUUCGUUUUUCCUUUAAGCAACCACUAAUUUCAGUGUCCCAGAUUUACAUUUACUAUGUUACGUCUAGUCUGAGACUAGUCUAAUAUAACAGAUUUACUUUUCAAAUGAAUGCUUUAGAUUGCUACAGUUGGGAGACGAAAGAGAGUGAAAAGGAGAUGAGAAUUAGUAACAAUGUUCCUCAGUGCCUUGCUUGUUAUGAUUGCAUAGUAAGUGUAGCAGUGUCCUCACUAAUGUAUUCAUGUUGAAUUGAAUGACCGUUUUAAAGUUAUACAUCAGUAUUUAGACUGGAACAGAUAGGACGAUGCUUGAAUGAUCCUGACGCUGAUCACCGAUAUAGCACACACACACUUGAACAAUUAUGACUCCAUUACAUUUUCUCCUUGUUUCUGACUGUAAAGAAUCAUGUAAUUCUUUGAAUCCUGUCAGUGUCUUUCCAAGGCAAUCAUGUUUGAAAAAAUAAAUCCGGACUCACUUCUUA